CUUAUCAUCUCACAGAAAGUUAAACCUACAAAAAUGUACUCAAAGGUAAUUUGUUUUAUGACUCUGGCUUCUUUGGUAUGGGCGAAUGAACAUGGUACGGGGUAUUCCUCCCUGCAUAUAUCACGACAAGAUGGGAAACCAGAACUGGUUCAGGUUGGCCAUGGUGAUGGUAAAGAAGGUCACGGACAUGGUGCAAGCUACGAUUACUAUGCGUAUCCCAAGUAUAAUUUUGAAUACAAAGUAGAAGAUCCUCAUACCGGCGAUAUAAAAUCUCAACACGAGUCCCGAGAUGGCGACGUAGUCAAGGGUUACUACGCUCUUCAUCAACCUGAUGGAUCUGAGAGGGUCGUACAUUAUGAAGGAGAUAAACACACCGGUUUCCACGCGGAUGUUAAAUAUGGCACCCACCACAUUGUUCCGAAGAAACAAGAGCAAUAAAAUAUAAACUAGCCAAAUGACAUUAAAUAAUUAUAUAGAUUCAAAUUCUGUUUUAUAC